UCCAGCUGAUGCAUCUGGAGUGCUGUGCCAUCUGGAGCAAAGAUUAAAUACCAAUUUGGCCUCCAGCCUGGAAAAAGAACAAGCCUUUGCCCCAGAUAACUGGCCCCUGGCAGAAGAAAUGCUUGGGGGCAAUGUGGAGAGAACUCAAAAUGCUCUAAUUGAAGUAUUUAGAACACACAAAAAAGAAGGGAAAAGAGUUCCUUCCAGCCCUGCAUGCCAAAAGCAGCCAGGGGGGAUGAUGUGAUCAGUUACCAGGUUGUGGGUCUGAUGCCUGCAUGUGAAGGUCCUGAUCCUGAAUGGGUGGUGGAGCUGCUCGAGGUGAGUGUGGUGGUGACCUCCUAGGUCUCCCAGUCUUGUUGUCAAAGGAAAUUCCCUCCGCCACCUCUCGAAGCUCCACCAGACCAUAUGCUCGACUCAGGUUUGCUUGUUUUAUCCUUACUGAGCCUGGUAAAUGUUUAUGUCAAGGCUGGCCCGCCAGCUAGGACCUUCCUUCUUAACCCUAGCUGGGUUUGAACACUCUUUGAGGUAAUAGCAUUGUCAUUCGAUCAAAGCUUGUCUCAGAUUUUCAGGGACAAGAUGUGGAGGUAGCUAGGAUGUGGUGAGACCUCUUGCUUGUGCAGCCCUGGCUCCGGUCCACUCUCUUCCAAAUAUGGUUUGAGAUGUCUGUGAUAGACUAGUCAUGAAGGCCACCUUGGUCAAUAUGCUCUGGAUGUUGUGGGAUCUGCCUGACCUUCGAAUAAGAAAGUACAUAUGUGCCAAACAGGAAAUAAGAUGAUGACCACUGAUUGCUACUGCCAUUCUUAGCCAGAUGGUGAUCCUGUCUGUAUCCUGGAGGAGAGGUAGGGGUGGGCAUCCCUACGUGAUAGGGAAGAGGAGGUUGAGGAUUAUGCGUUGAGGAAGCAGCAGAGCUGCCAGGAGAUUUUACUCAAGAAGUACUGAUGUUUUCAGCUGGUCUCCUGGACAAAGUGAUAAGAUGUUGUGAGAACAUCUGGCUUUUGCUGGAAGGGCUUUCAUGUUUAUGGGUCACCUCUCCAUGUGUUCUCUCAUGGCUCAUCCCUGCCAGCAGCCUGGCUGUUGCCUCCACGUUGGCUGUAUAGCAGAAUACGUAUUGUGUGUGAUUAGCUGGCAGACAUAAAACACCACUUGGAUGUCGAAAAGGUGGAGAGAGGUACGGCUGGGCACACUCAUCUCCUCCUGCUCCCACCACUGUGACCUGAAAUUCUUCUGUGACAGCAUUGCAGGACUUCGCACAGAUGAAACAAUUUCCUCUUCCACAGGGUCAAACUUCUGUUUUCUCACUCCGGGUAACUCCAGGCAACUCUGUCCCUCAAACCAGGGCAGGAGGUGUAGAGGCUUCUGGUGGUCUUCAACCACCCUUGAACCACCAGUGUCAAAGCAUGAAGGGUGAUUUUGGGGGGUUUGAAGCUUCCCCUGGUCUUCAGGUGUCUCAGUCUCAGCUGCAGUUGAUGUUGCUGAGCUGGGUUUCCGUUUAUUUUUGUUUCCUGCAAUCAUUCACUGUAAACCCAAGCAUUGUUGACAUAAGAUAACGUCUACCUCACACAGACUUCCCUUACCCUGCACCUUCAUAGCAUUGUUGCCCUGAAGCUGCUCAGACUUCGCGUUGGGAGCGGCCGUCGUGCCCGCGUCCGUACACUGACUCACUGACAGUGCUUUAAAAUGACAUCAGCAAUGAUGCGAUGCAGUGCUUAUCUGCAAGAUUGUUCGGUCGUUGCCUGAUCCUGGUGCUACCACUUCCUUGGUUGAGAAAUGCAGGUGAUGCCUUUGAGGUGAGGAUGCAAAAAACCCUGUGGUUUCAUCAGUGAGGCAAGGAAGGGGCUUCUCCUCUCCUUUGCUCUCUUGGCGCCCUACAUGGAGUCCUGUGUCCAGCUCUGUAAUCCCCAACAUAAGAAGAAUACAGAACUGUUGGAACAGGUCCAGAGGAGGCCACACGGAUGAUGUGAGGGCUGGAGCACCUCUGCUAUGAGGACAGGCUGAGAGAGUUGGGGUUGUUCAGCCUGAAGGAGAGAAAGCUCCAGGGAGACCUUAGAGCAGCUUCCAGUACCUGAAGGGGCUUCAGGAAAGGUGGGGAGGGGCUUUUUCAAAGGGCCUGGAGUGAUAGGACAAGGGGGAAUGGCUUUAAGUUGGAGGGGGGCAGAUUUAGAUUAGACAUUAGGAGGAAAUUCUUAGUGCUGAGUGUGGUGAGACACUGGCACAGGUCGCCCAGAGAAGUUGUGGCUGCUCCCUCCCUGGAGGUGUUCAAAGCCAAGGUGGAUGGGACUUUGAGCAACCUGAUGCAGUGGGAGGUUUCCCUGCCCAUGGCAGGGCGUUGAAACUGGAUGAUCUUUAAGGUCCCUUCCUACCCAAACCAUUCUAUAGUUCGCAAUAACAAUGGGCAGACGUAAAUUCGUGACCUAAGGAGCAGGAAAAUCUCAACAUCUUCUCUGUGGAGCAUGAUGGGUUGGAGCAGUACCUGGUUCCCCUCCGGGGAUGCAGUGGUACCCAGUCACUCGCUGGGGAUGGAGCUGCAUUGGUUUUGGACGCUUCUCCGUCUUGGGAAUGAUGACCCAGGCUAUCCGUGUUGUUUUUCUACCUGUUUGGCACAUUGAAUUUCCAACAAAGUGAAAGAAAGCAACCCAAACAGUUCCAGCCACGUGUCGAGGACUCCUGCGUUCUGUUAAUGAGCUGAUUAUGGUGCCAGAAGGAUGUUGAUGAGAAGAAACGGCAGCCAUCCAAGGCACCCCGAAAGGAUGCCAGAAAUAGCAGCGGUGGUGAGGAUAGAGCGGUUAUGAAGCUUCUGAGGUAGGAAUGAGCAGUGGCAGGAGAGAAGACACACUUGGGGAGGAUGGACAACCUCACAGCUCUGAGAGAAGGAAAAAGCUCCAAUGCCGAUGUGUGGAUGGGUGGCAGGAGCCAGGUGCCAAAGCCCACGAGCCAAAUUAGCCACAAGCAGCUGCCUUGGCGUAGCCGUGGCCUGUGAGGUCUCGGGUUGCUCCGACGCUGACGCUAAAACUGGAUCAGCCUUUGGAAAAAGCAGGCAAGAUGCCAAGAAGCAGGAGGAGGAGCGAAGGCAGGGCUGUGGGAAGCACAGGCAGGGAAGUCCUUCGUCCGCUCACUCUGCUCCAGCUCCAGGGCUGCGAAUGCAAGAAGCAAGCAGGAAUAACUUCCUCUGGUUUAUUUCUUUUAUCCCUGUGGAGGAUUAAUCUUGCCGCUAAUACAGCUUUUAGCUUGCAAAGCACCUUAGAGGAAACCACACUAAGAGUGCGUUUGGAGGAGAGAAACUGAAAGUGCCGAGAGGGAGCAACCGCCUUCCUUAUUUCAGCCAUCGCAUACGUGAUCGCUCUCCCUGCCUGCAGAUAACAGUGGUUUUCCCAGCUUCUUGCCUUGGAAGAGUAUUUAAGGGAAACUAUAGGAGCUCCAGGGACGUGCAGAUUUCCAUCCUGGGAAUCCACAAGCAUUGAGGCAGGAGAUUUUCAUCAGACCGUUUGAAGCCAGGAGGAGCAGCCUAGCAGCCUACCCAUGAGCUCAGACUUCCAACAUUACAGUUUCAGGAUGCCGAACAUCGGGUUCCAGAACCUGCCUCUCAACAUAUACAUCGUGGUUUUCGGCACGGCUAUCUUUGUCUUCAUCCUCAGUUUGCUCUUCUGUUGCUACUUGAUCAGGCUCAGACAUCAGGCACACAAAGAGCUUUACGCCUACAAACAGGUUAUACUCAAGGAAAAGGUGAAGGAGCUGAACCUACAUGAGAUCUGUGCCGUUUGCUUGGAGGAGUUCAAGCCCAAGGACGAGUUGGGGAUCUGUCCCUGUAAACAUGCCUUCCACAGAAAGUGCCUCAUCAAGUGGCUGGAGGUGCGGAAAGUCUGCCCGCUCUGCAACAUGCCGGUGCUGCAGCUGGCGCAGCUGCACAGCCAGCCGGACCCUGGACCCCCCCAAGGUCCCCUUCCCGGUGCGGAGAACCUCGUAUAGCUCUGCCGCUCCCGGGACUGCCCUGCCGCCCUCCCCGCCAACCCGGACACAACCAAAGCACUACGGCACCAGCACCAAGAGACCGCCGCGAGCAGCCGGGCACCCAGCCCGGAGCACUUUAGCAGAGGUCACAUCCGCGAUGGCUGACACGGAAGAGCCCCGCAACCCAAAAACUUGCCUCUGCGGUGCUGUGCCAGGACAAAGGGUCUCGCACCCGAGCCCGGGGCGAGCGGGGGACUCGGGGUGCUCCGCAGACACCCUGCACGAUGUUCUUCUUCCAGCACAUCCCUUCUCCAGCACGACACCCGCCAGGAAGCCACAUGGGGCACGAUGGAGCAGCAUCAACAGUGCCCGAAAGCCUGGUGUGAUGCCACACGGUCCCCAAUGCCCCAGUACGCUUCCCAGUCCUGCUGCUCUCCGCACUUCUCCGCCACCAUCGACGAUGCCCAGGAUGCAGGGAGGGAGCCUGGAGCAUCACGGCUGCUCCCUGUCCGCAUCCCCUCUUUGCCAUUAUUUUAACGGCAUCACCUUCACCUUUGCAAUCCCUACAUAGAAAACAGGGGAUUGAUCCCUUGGGUGCAGCGAUGGUGGGUUCGUGCCGCAGAUGGGUGCCUCCUCGGCACCCGCUGCUCCUCCGAAAGGGCUAGCGGGGCGGGGAAGCUGACAUUUCCCCCGGGAGCUGUCAUUCCAUGGGGUCUGAUGGGCUUUGGCUGCCUACCAGAGUUGGCUGCCCCCCUCCUCGGCGCAGCGGGCUACCUCAGCGGGGCCGUUAGUCCCUCCGAUGGGCACGAUCCUGACGCAAACUAUCACCGGUGGGAGCCGCCAGCGCCUCAAAACGGCGGCAUGGGCACAAAUCCUGUCCUUUGGGUUCAUCCCAUCACCCUCAGCCUGAUUCUCGGGGGGGGAAUUCUGGUCACACGGGACAUGUGAUCUGGCAAUAUUUGCUUCACCCAAACCCCCCAAAAGCUUCAGGGGGGGCUGUGCCACCCCUUCACCUUUCUGCCCACCGCGCCGGGGGAUUUGGGCGCUGUAGCAAACUGCCUCUGCGUCCCCCUCAUCUUUGCAACUGUUAUUCCCUUUCUUUUUUAGGGUAGGGCUGUCAGUAUUAACAGCGGCUUUCCCAGACCUUGGGAAAGGGUGGGACACAGGCUAGGAAGGCUCUGGGUGUCAUCCUCCCUCCUGUAAAUACCGUGUGACUCCCAAGCCUUCCCGAGACUGUUUAUGGAGCGUGGAGCCUCAUAGACGUUGUUUGUACACUACGAAUUCUGCAGCAGAAUAUUUUUUAAAACAUUCGCUGUUUUGGGGGGGGGAAUCUCUUUUUUUUUUUUGGUUUUAUUUUUUUUUUUCGUUUUGUAAGCUAUAUUUUUGUAUAUUUAAUUGCUAUUUUAAGAUUCUAAUAAUGCGUCCUUUUUGCUAAUCACUCUGUUCUUAAGGAAAAGUGAGGAAAGGAAAAAAAAAAAACAAAACACAGUUUGCAUGUGAUUUGACUUGAAAUGUAAAUAAAAGCAGGUUUUGGAAAAAGAAGUGUGUG